AUGUGGCGGGCGGGGGCGGCGGGCGCUGUGCGCGCCGCGGGACGGGCGGCGGCGGCGGGGGCGCGGCGCUGCGGCGACACCGGGGGCGCCCCGAGGGCGGGCACAGCCGCCGCCGGCAGCGGCCGCAACACGCAAUUACAGUUUUCUUCAGAUUUGAAGAGUAGGACUGCUUGGUUCACGAAUUUGAGAAAUGCAGGAACUGUGGGUGACACAAGUUCUUUAGAUGAGACCACCUAUGAGAAACUGGCUGAAGAAACACUGGAUUCCUUAGCAGAUUUCUUUGAGGACCUGACAGAUAAACCUUUUACCCCAGAAGAUUAUGAUGUCUCUUUAGGGAGUGGAGUACUAACAGUUAAACUGGGUGGAGACAUGGGAACGUAUGUAAUCAAUAAGCAAACACCAAACCGGCAGAUUUGGCUGUCCUCACCCACUAGUGGGCCCAAGCGCUAUGACUGGACUGGACGGAAUUGGGUAUAUUCUCAUGACAGAGUAUCUCUUCAUGAACUACUAUCAAAAGAGUUUUCAACAGCUUUAAAAACUAAAUUGGAUUUGUCCUGCUUAAUAUAUUCUGGGAAAGAAGAUACUUGAUUGUAUUCUACCUCAUGGAAGUUGAAAGACUUUAACCUCAAGCCAAACUCUUUCUUGGGCUGAAGUAGCUGAGCUUAAUUGUUGUUUUUCUUGGCAUCAAUAUGUUGUGCAACAAAAAUGAAAAUAAUAUAUUUUUUCUCUAGUGCUUAGUCUUUGGAUUUCUGUGUGCUGUUUGAGUUUGUGCCCAUGUAGUACCUGUGGUUGAGAUUGCCGAUUUCCUGCUUUCUUUCUGCAGAAGUCAUGAAUUUUUAGUGUAUAUAGACUUGUUUGCAUGUAAGGACUAACCAUCUAGUGACUUCUGACCAGCACACACUGAACUUUUGGUGAAAUAUUUACCCAAAACAAGAUAUGCCUGUGAGUUACAUUGACAUAAAUUGUGAUACUGUGAAUGUAUUGCCUCAAAAAUUGUGCCUGUUGUAACAUAUCAUAGUCACAUUUAACAUGUCCUAAUGCGUGUAAUGAAAGUUCUUUGUUCUUCAGAGAGUAAAAUUACUUUUUUUUUAGGUGAGCAAAAUUAAGUUCAUGGUAGUGAAAAUUUGCACUAAUUUUAUUCUACUGCAUUUCUUAAGUGGUUUUAGAUUUUCUUGUAUCACCAUGAUAGAACAAGGCUCCCCCUGGCACCAUGCUGAUGCAGAAAUUUCUUAGAAUCAAGUAUUGUUCUUAGGCUGAUGAAGCUGUCUUCAUCAGGCUAUUAAAUAUGUGAAGGAACUGUAUACUUCAGAUCUUACAACAAAAACGUUUUAAAGAAAUGAUCAGCAAUACUUCA